CGGCGGGCGCGCGCAGGGAGCGGGGCUGCGCUCGCUCCCGGGCCGCGCUCGGGACGUUCGGAGCGUUGCGGAGCGGGGCCCGCGGCCGGGGCCGGCCGGGCAGCCGCGGCCCGCAGAUGUCAAAAUUAACCUGGACUACUUGGGAAUGGCGAAACAUAGCCCUGGGAUCCUGCCAUGAACAGUACAUGAAGAACAGAAGAGAUAUUUCCGCUUAUCAGAGAUGAUGUGGAGAGACACGUUUGCAGUGUUUUGAGACUGUCCUUGCACAUCGCCCUGACCUGGUGUCAUGUGCAGCCACAUGUGGAAACGAUCUCUGGUGGAAGAGGAGGAUCCUCAUAUGAAAGUGUCUCUUGGUAGCAGCGAUAUGGGCAUCUCUGCCCACCUGCAGUCUUCGAAGACAGGGACCACAAGAUUUUUCACCAGCAAUACUCACAGUUCUGUGGUAUUACAGGGUUUUGACCAGCUGCGAGUGGAAGGUUUGCUUUGUGAUGUGACACUUGUUCCAGGAGAUGGUGAUGAAGUGUUUCCUGUUCACAGAGCAAUGAUGGCUUCUGCAAGUGAUUAUUUCAAGGCUAUGUUCACAGGAGGAAUGAAGGAACAGGAUUUAAUGUGCAUUAAGCUUCAUGGUGUUAACAAAAUUGGUUUAAAGAAGAUCAUUGAUUUCAUUUAUACUGCAAAACUUUCGCUUAACAUGGACAACCUUCAGGACACUCUAGAAGCUGCCAGUUUUUUGCAGAUUUUACCUGUUUUGGACUUCUGUAAAGUAUUUCUUAUCUCUGGGGUUUCUUUGGAAAACUGUGUUGAGGUUGGGCGAAUUGCCAACACGUACAAUCUCACAGAAGUGGAUAAGUAUGUUAAUAAUUUCAUCCUGAAGAACUUCCCUGCGUUAUUAAGUACUGGUGAAUUUGUGAAACUCCCUUUUGAACGUCUUGCCUUUGUGCUUUCAAGUAAUAGCCUUAAGCACUGCACUGAACUUGAACUCUUCAAGGCAGCUUGUCGCUGGUUGCGCUAUGAGGAGCCUCGGAUGGAGUACGCUGCCAAGCUAAUGAAGAACAUCAGGUUUCCGCUGAUGACGCCCCAGGAUCUUAUUAACUAUGUUCAGACAGUAGACUUCAUGAGAACUGACAACACCUGUGUAAACUUGCUUUUGGAAGCUAGCAAUUACCAAAUGAUGCCAUACAUGCAACCCGUUAUGCAGUCGGAGAGGACUGCCAUUCGGUCGGACAGUACUCACUUGGUGACGUUGGGGGGAGUGCUGAGGCAGCAGCUGGUUGUGAGCAAGGAGUUACGGAUGUACGACGAGAAAGCCCACGAAUGGAAAUCCUUAGCUCCCAUGGAUGCACCCAGGUACCAGCACGGCAUCGCCGUGAUCGGAAACUUUCUUUACGUAGUUGGGGGCCAGAGCAAUUACGACACGAAAGGAAAGACGGCGGUUGACACGGUGUUUAGGUUUGAUCCUCGCUACAACAAGUGGAUGCAAGUUGCAUCUUUAAAUGAGAAACGCACCUUCUUCCACCUAAGUGCCCUCAAAGGACAUUUGUAUGCAGUCGGUGGUCGAAAUGCAGCGGGUGAGCUAGCCACUGUGGAAUGUUACAAUCCCAGAAUGAACGAAUGGAGUUAUGUCGCAAAAAUGAAUGAACCCCACUAUGGUCACGCUGGAACCGUAUAUGGGGGAUUAAUGUAUAUUUCAGGGGGCAUUACCCAUGACACUUUUCAAAAGGAACUUAUGUGUUUUGACCCUGACACAGACAAAUGGACUCAGAAAGCCCCGAUGACGACAGUCAGAGGUCUGCAUUGCAUGUGUACUGUAGGAGACAAGCUCUAUGUUAUUGGUGGAAAUCACUUUAGAGGAACAAGUGAUUAUGAUGAUGUUCUAAGCUGUGAAUAUUACUCACCAACUCUAGACCAGUGGACUCCAAUUGCUGCCAUGUUACGUGGGCAAAGUGAUGUUGGGGUUGCUGUCUUUGAAAAUAAAAUCUAUGUUGUUGGAGGAUAUUCUUGGAAUAAUCGGUGCAUGGUGGAAAUAGUUCAGAAGUAUGAUCCGGAAAAAGACGAGUGGCAUAAAGUGUUUGACCUUCCGGAAUCACUCGGUGGCAUUCGAGCCUGCACUCUCACUGUUUUCCCACCGGAGGACAACACAGGGUCACCGUCUAGAGAAUCUCCUCUGUCAGCACCUUAGAAACAUCCCUUGACUUAUGAUGUUGUAGUAAGACCUUUGCACUGCAUCAUGGAGUCUGUUCUUUUUCUCAGUAGUUUCUGUUAGGCUUAGCCUACGGCAUUUCCUACGAUUACUGGAAAACAAAGAGACUUUGACAUUAUUCGUGCUGUUUGUUUGGCCUAGAAUGUUUGUCAAGUGGUUAACAAAAAAAAAGAUGUACUCACCUGAGCCAAAUGUUUAACAAAUGAGAAGAUAAUUGUCUAUAAAAAUGUAUGAACUAGGUACGUUAUUAAUGUUGUGUAUUGGGCGUGAGGUACCUUAUAGCUUACAUUUGGAAACCCAACGAGUCAGAUUUGAAGGCUUUGUAUUGAACACGUUCUUUCACUAAAUUUCAGAGUUGAAAUCCUUUUUCCUUUCAUUUUUGAUCGCUGAUUACAAGGGGAGGUAGACCACAUCAAUGUGAACUAUGACAGAAGGUUGCCAAGGGGCCUGAGCUACCUCCCUCUUUUCACAGAGUACUUUUGACAUAUCUGUUUUACCCACCUGACUUUGUGGGUGCUUUCAGAGCAUACCAAGUUUCAUAGGCAGAGGGGAGAAAUGAAAUAAUUUAUUAGCACUAUCCAGGAAGCAGAACCUUGUAGAAGCUGGGAGUUUUUUAUAACAUGUCAAAUGUUUUUCCUGAGUCAGUUGAGUGAUGCUUCAAACAAAGGACUUUAAAUGUUUGGGCUUUGUUUUUUCAGGAAUUGGCUUCCCUUUGCAUGGGAGCACACACUAUUAACAAAUGGGAAUUCAGUGCAGUUGUAUAGUCUGCUGUAUGCCUGUACUGAAUAUAGGUAGAUAAGGGCUAGAAACAUUAACUGAAGCCACUGAAUUUGACUAAAUCAUUCCAUCAGAUCAAAUUUAAUCUACCUUUUCUCCUUUGCUGUUGAGAUAACUUGCAUAAUGUGUCCUCUGUAUAGUCUCAGUUAAUAAGGUUAUUUAGCACAAGGUGCAGCUUCAGCGAGAGAGCUGCUUUUGCUCAGUGAACUUGGACUACCACAUUUUACCUUCUUUUUGUUCAAUAAAACUUUUAACUGCA